CUCACCUAUCUACUUCCCUCUCUUGCCUAUCCUACCACCUAAUAUCUCCCUGAUUCAAUUUCAACACACGCCAAAAUGACAGAAGUCAGCUUCAUCAAAUCCUUCCUCAACUCCCUCGACUCCAGACCCGUCAAACUCCCCGCCGACUAUGUCAUCGACCCGGAGCGAGUGCCCCUCCGCGCACCGUACGUCCUCCCCAAACUCCCCUCCCCGCACCCAGCAAUGCCCAAAAGAACCGCCAACCAGCGCGCCGCCCCCGGCUCAUCCAAAUCGAUCACGGUACACGUGAAAUCCGCACGCAACCCCGUUCUGGAAUUCAGCGUCCCCAACGCCCCGCUGUCGACCACCACCGUCGAGGACCUCAAGGACGCCGUGCAGGCGCGCGUCGUCGCCGACGCCGCGGGGAACAAGGUCCCGCUCGAGAAGAUCAAGAUUCUGUAUAAGCGGAAGCCGGUGUCCGGGAAGACGAUCGCGGAGGUGGUCGCUGAUGAGCCUGGGAUGUUGAGUGGUGGGAAGGCGGUGGAGUUUGGCGUUAUGGUUAUGGGGGGUGCGUUGGUUGUUGAGAAGCAGCAGGAGCAGCAGCAGGAGGAGGAGCGGGAGCAGCCCUCGACGGCGGAGGCGGCAGCGGCUAGCGGGGAUGGAGUGCUUGGGACGGAGGCGUUUUGGGAUGAUUUGCAGGGGUUUUUGGAGCAGAGGGUUGGGGAUAAGGGGGAGGCGGAGAGGUUGAGAGGUUUGUUCAAGGGGGCUUGGGGGUCGAGUCGGUAAUUACUGAUUGAUUGAUGGAUGAUUGUACCUACCACCUAUGAUACCUGGCUGGAUUGUGCUUAUGGGUAUGUUCAACAAGAGCCACUAAUUUCUCAUAAAUCU